CGCGUACCAAUUCAUGAUGAGGACGACUUUUCCAUGAAAAGUCAGACCAUUUUCUUAUCGCAGACACCUGUCCUUGUUUCAAACUGUAAGUGGUGAAGUGAGCGCUUAGUUUAGAAAGGUUGCUACGACAACCAUCGAACCAUGUCGUGUUUACACCGCGACCGGUUCGUCAUCAUCGCCAUGGACACUGGACAGCGAGCCGGAGUUACUAGUAGACUUUUGCACCUUGCUGUCAACACCUAGACUCUUCCAUCUCUCCAUACACUCCUAAACCUCCCCUUCAAAAACCACUUCCCACACCGUCGAAAGACAAGAGACCUACACAAAGACAAGCGAAGAAGCCUCUCAGGCAGUCCUGAACCAAACAAUCUCUACUGCCCGAGAGGGCCCCUUCUGAAUAACAGAAAGUCGCAAGCAGCCGCCUGCGACUGGUGGAAGCAUAAAGAAGCAAGACCGCUGCCCGGUCCGCAGCCAUAGCGCUGCGUGAGUCUCGAACCAUAGAAGGAACCAAUACCGGAACAACGACAAACCCUUCGACAAGAUACUAUUUCGAACUCAUCUCGCCUAAGAUGAUGUCCAAUCCACCUUCAUCUCUUCACCACCGACAGGCAAUGCAUCGGAGACAGAACUCGACUCCUAUUGUAGCCUUUGAAGCCAUGAAGGUCAGCACCAGUAUGCCGCCACAACGACAAUCACUUCACAGACGGGGACAAUCGUUCGAUCAACAACGAAGCCCCAUACGAAGACAACAACAACAACACGGCAGUACGGUAAGUAUGACUAACCUAGGAUCAAUCCACGGACAACAGAUUUUGCGGGAAGCGCAGCAGCAAAAAAUUGCAAGAAGACCGGGCCAGCAAUUACAACUCAAUAUGGAUAUGCCAAUCUCUCCAGAUUGUGGUAUCUAUUCGGGUUCUUCAGGCUCAAUGCCUGGAACGCCAUUUGAAAACAUGUCAAUGAAUGCGUUCAUGCACCAGAAUCCCAACGGCAUGGACUAUUCCCAUUCACCACAAUUCUUCUCCGACAUGUACAUGUCCAUGCAGAAUGGAAUGCCAGGCAUGGGGAUCAUGGACGAAAACACUCCUCAGUACCUCCACGAUGCUCGCAGCGUCCAUUCUCAACAAAGCAGCGGCAUGUCCUUCGACGCGAGAAGAAUGUCGCAACCAGAUCUGCGCGUGCAGACUCAAUUACGACCUCACACACCUUCACAUCAAAUCCAGACUGCACAAUUUCCUCUCACACCUCCCUUCAGCCAACACACCCCAGCCGCACAAUAUUCACGAUCUCUCCAAGCAUCACCGGCUUUACAAUCACCUUAUCCCAUUCCGAUGACAAGAGGCCGGUCCUUGCAAGGCAUCAUCGAGAACGAGGAGUUCAAGGCUGACUUCAUCACCACCCCGAUCGCCACCUCAUUCGAAGUCGCCGAGCUGCCCACUCCGAGCUCUCGAAGACACGUUCCAAGUCCCAGACUGCAGCAACAUUCAGAUCCAAACAAAUCGAAACCAGUCAUGUCACCUGCUAUGCCGGCUGACGAGGGCACAUCUCACAUGCCACAGCUCACGGAGAGACCUGCUCCCAUCUUGACUCCGAUCCUGACUCAAGGACGAGACCAGAGUAGCAGCGCGUCACCAGGCCGACCAGCCCUCUCGCCUCGCCGAAUGUCCAUCUCCGAUCUGAACCUCGAACCUGGCAUUCAAGCCUCGAUUGAAGAGACCAACGUCACUCUCGACGACAUUGCACAAUACAUCGAGGGCCCGGACCCGGUUGACAACAGAUGGAUCUGCAAAUUCGACGACUGCAACAAACGCUUCGGCCGCAAGGAGAACAUCAAGUCACAUGUCCAGACACACCUUGGCGACCGCCAGUUCCGCUGCGACCACUGCGGUAAAUGCUUCGUCCGCGGUCAUGACCUCAAACGCCACGCCAAGAUCCACACCGGCAACAAGCCAUACCCAUGUGCCUGCGGCAACUCCUUCGCCCGUCACGACGCCUUGACCCGACACCGCCAGCGCGGCAUGUGCAUCGGUGCAUUCGAAGGCACGGUCAAGAAAAUCGUCAAGCGCGGCCGACCACGCAAGCACCGCCCCGAGAUGGACGAACGUCUCGACAAGGCGCAGCGCACACGACAAAAUGCCAAUGCCGCCAACAGCGAAGGCUUCAACGACCCAUACACGUCCUCCGCCUCCAGCUGCUCCAUGUCGAGCUGGGGUUCCCCGCCGACCGAGAACAUGGACAACCUGAGCAUCCGCGGUACAUCGCCGUUCGAAGGUGGUAUGCCGCUCUUCGGCCUAUCCAACCCACCCCUCGUCAGCAUGGACCAGAUGAUCAGCUUUGCCCCAGACGCAUUCUCCUUCACGCCUCCCGCCAGCCCAGGCUACUCGACCGGCACCAAGCCCAGCCCAUCGUACCGCGAGUUGACACCGGCCGAGAUGCACCAGCGCGGACACGACGUGACACGCAUGCUCCCGGACUUGCCGGCCAUGGACCCCAGUCUUUCCGUCAUGAGCGCUGUCAACGGCUACUCCGGCCAGAGUCUACCCAGUCUGUCGCAUUCCAGCUCUUCGCCCGCCGCGGACGUCGUGGCCUUUGACUUUUCCGACCUGCCCAACGAUGGCUCCUCGUCAACCCUGAUGUCCCAGUCUUCUCAGAUGCCCAGCAAGCUCGACUCCGACCGAAAUGACUUCGACACGUUCCUCGACUACGGCAGCAUGGAGAUGGGCAUGGAUUCUUCCUCGGUGCAGGACUUCUUUUCCAUCUAGAGAAUGGAACCGGGUUCUGUAUUCUGGGACUUCUCCAUGUUUUGACCAGAGUGAUGUAAAUGUGCAAUGAACAAUGCUUGCGUCGACACGGAGGAACGCAACGAGGCGAUCUGCGAGGGGUUUGUCAAUAACAACGAAGAUAUGGGAUGGGACCCGUCAGGUUGAAAUGCGCCAACCAAACAACACAAUGUACUGUAUUCUAGGCAAAGGAUGAGAAACGAACGACUUGUUGAUGAGGCGAAAACACUGGAGUUUUCAUCAGGGAUUGGGCUUAUGGAGAUUCAGCGUUUUCAUGGGAACGAAGGCCUAACGGGAAUGGAUGGGUUGACUCAUUGAACUGAUUGCUUGCUUGCUUUGCUUGAAAACGAAGAACAUAAGGGGGUCGGCUCGGCUGGGCUUGAACGAGGGCUAGGGCUAGGGCCAGGGACGACUGGGCUCGCGCUCGGCCUACGCCCCCUUUGCCUCUGAUAUGGGAAUGUGUUUUUAUCAUGUCAUAUGCCUUCCUUCUUUUGUUGCGUGCUUCUUGUGUGCGUUUCUUCUCUUUUUGAACCAGGCGGUUCCGGGGGCUGGACUUGUACAUUCAUUUUGGAGACUGCAUCGGCCCAGAAACACCUUUCAUUCAUUCAUGCAGUCUCCGUCUUUUUCUUGCUGAGCAAAGCGUUGGCGUCACCGGAGCCCGGGGAAAGGAAUGGUUGCAGGAUCUGCUGGGGUCGAUCUUGCCUCGCAUGGCGUCUACGUCUUCGUCUGCGUCGCAAAGUGAGGCAAAAAGAAACCCCGCGACAGGAGGGACGAGGCACCGGGAGCAUCCAAGGAUAUGGAUGGCACCGCCGCAAUGUCAGCAGCCAGCAUGAGGUUCGACCCUUGUAUCGAGAACGCCUGGUUUGGCCAAUCUUUUUGUUAUGAGGGAAUGCAACACGGCAAGGUGGAUGGACAGCCAGGGGUCUGGCUCAGUUAGUAAAGUCACUAUCACCAAUACGAAUGCCACGCUUCUCAAUUG